ACCAUGUAUCAGAGCAUCGCCCUGGCCUCCAACCACGGCCAAUCUGCUUAUGCCCACGAUUCGGGCAAUUUCCUACACAGCACGGCCAGCCCUCCUGUAUAUGUGCCCACAACCCGGGUCCCUGCAAUGCUGCAGUCUCUGCCUUACCUCCAGAGCUGUGACACUGGCCACCAGGGCCACCACUUGGGCAACCACCAUGGAUGGGCACAGACAGCGAAUGAGAGCCAUGCAUUCAAUGCCAGCAGCCCCCACACUCCAUCCGGCUUCUACUCACACAGCCCCCCAGUGGGUAACAGCACAGGCAGGGAAGGAGCUUACCAGAGUCCCCUAAUGCUGAGCAGUGGGGGUCGGGAUCAGUAUGGGAGUCCCUUGGUGCGCUCAGUAAAUGGCUCCUACUCCAGUCCAUACUCUUAUGUGGGCACAGAAAUGGCACCUUCUUGGGCAGCUGGACACUUUGAGAGCACAAUGUUACACGGCUUCCAGGGCAGACAGGCCUUGCAAGGCCGGAGACCCAGCCUAGAAUUCUUUGAAGAGUACCAUGGAGAGGGGAGAGAAUGUGUCAACUGUGGUGCAAUGUCCACCCCUCUGUGGAGGAGAGAUGGUACUGGCCAUUACCUGUGUAAUGCCUGUGGGCUCUACCACAAAAUGAACGGCAUCAACCGACCACUUAUCAAGCCACAGAAGAGACUGUCUUCCAGUCGGCGUGCAGGCCUGUGCUGUACAAACUGCCACACAACAACCACAACCCUAUGGAGGCGCAACUCUGAAGGGGAGCCAGUGUGUAACGCUUGUGGUCUUUAUAUGAAAUUACAUGGGGUUCCUCGUCCUUUAGCUAUGAAGAAAGAAAGUAUCCAGACUCGAAAGAGGAAACCUAAAAAUGCCAACAAAGGAAAGUCCACCACAGGGUCUACAGCUUCAGCCACCAACUCUCCAUCUUCAGUUACAAACACAGACUCCACGCCUGUCUUAAAAACUGAACCCAACUUAAAUGCACAUUUUCCAGUAUCAGUUUCCCAGGGUCAAAACCAAGCAGAUGAUCUUGUAAAUGGACCUCAUGAGCUGAAAUUUAUCCCUGAUGAAUACACCUUUAGUUCAGCUACGCUAAGCCAACAAUCAGGACUGAGUGUGCCUCUUCGCCAGGACUCAUGGUGUGCGUUGGCUCUUGCUUAAGUGAAAAACUGAAUAUAAAACAGCUGACGUAUCUACUGGCCCUUUAAGUGGGCAAGUGCAAAGAGGAGACUGCUCAAGGCAUCUAAGUACUCAAGAGAAAAAAAUUCAUUACUGGCCACAAGCGGGAAAUGUUUAGCAUUAAUGCUGUAACCAUUGAUGUAACUUGACUUUCUCGUUCUUAUAUCUAAUGGUUACAUAG